GUCUCGUCAUGACGCGAAGCUAAGCAAAGAAUAAGGAGAUCCUGCCGCUAUCAACAUGUGGACGAAUCAGUUGAUAGUGGCGGCAAUUGUACUCGCGGUUGCCACCGUCUGUCAUGCGGAGUGCCAGACUCGUUCUAUUUACUGCUACGAAUGCGAUUCAUGGACGGAUCUCAGAUGCAAGGAUCCUUUCAACUAUACAGCACUACCCAGAGAUCAGCCACCAUUGAUGACAUGUAACGGAUGCUGCGUGAAAAUGGUUCGCAACGCAAAAUCACCGUACGAAAGUGUAAGAAGAACCUGCACCGCGCAGCUACAAAUAAACUUAUUCAUGGUGGACCACGUGUGCAUGAUGGAAAGUACCGGCACUGGUCACAUGUGCUUCUGUGAGGAGGAUAUGUGCAAUCGUGUACCCCCGACCUCGCGCUCGAAUCCCGUACUCCUACUAAUCCUGUCAACCAUCCUUAUUCUGCGUUCGGCAAUCUUAGGAACCUCCGCUUGCUUUGUAGAACGUUGCAAUAAUCAUAUCGUAUAA